CGACGAGCUUUUUGAAGCACGAGAGGUGGGGACGUUGGCAGCAUGUUCGAGCGCAGUCCGGAGGUGCAGGAGACACUGGGUGAGAGCAGUGAUGGCUCCCCGGUUACGAGGAUGUAGUAGGUGAGCUGUUGACAUUUUGUGGGGUGUUUAUUCGUGCAGAAAAGGCCAAGGGAGCCGUCAAGCACAUGCUGAUCGGUGCCAGUAUGGCUGGCGCUACAGGGGCCACCUUUGGGGCGGUGCUAGCGGCGCUGCGCAACGAGAGCAUCAAAUUCUACGCAGCUUCCAUGGGAUCCAACUUCUUCUUGCUGUCGUCGACGUAUAUCGGUGAGGAGGCUCCUAACGGAUUGAUAGAUAUUUUGUGCUGAUGAAUGUAUUCUUGUUCUGCUCAGCUUUUGAGGAAGUGAUUGCGGACAAGAGAGGGGACAAGAAGGACUGGAUUACUGGCGCCGCUGCUGGCACAAUUACCGGAGGAUUCUACGCUGGUUUGGUUGGUGGUCAGUUCCGAGGGCUUCAGGGUGCGGCUGCUGGUGCCGCAGUCGGCGCUGCGGUGAUUUUCGGCCGCGAAGAAUUCCACCGGUGGCGAUUGUCCAAGGGCGUGCAGCGCUAUGAGGCCAAAUACGGUGAGGCCCCUGCCGUGUACCACCCAACGACUGCAGUGCUAGUGGAAAGUCAGGGUCCUCCGCGGGAGCUGGUGUUUCCUUCGCUGUUGCCACAGAGUGUCAAGAUCUCGGACGAGGAAAUCGAGCGGCGUGUUAUUGCUCGUAUGGACGAGCUCCGGAAGGAGAUGCAGCAGGAGGAGGAGGAGACUACCGCAGCCGAAAAUGAUAAGAAUCAGGAAAAUAAGGGCUCGGCAAAUUGAAGUUGCUAUCUCUUCAAACCAAGCAAUAAAUCAAAUCUUUGUUCAGAACUUAAGAAA